AUGAAUAAUAAUGAUAUAAUAGAUGGUAAUAAUAAUUAUAAUGACACACAGAAUUUAGAUUCAAUUACAAAAACAAAAAUGGAAAAUAAUUAUAUAAAUGAAAUAUUAUUUUUUUAUGUAUGGAGAAACAAGUUUCUAUUAAGCGAAAUUCAAAGACAUCAUAGGUUAUAUAGAAAAAAUGAUUGUAUAGUUAUUAUCAAGUCAAUGGAUGAACUUAGAUACCAUCCACAUAGAAGAUAUGCAACAGAAAUUAUAAUUGAUGUUGAUGAACCAUUAGAACCACAUGGUCAAGUAAUACCCUAUGGUACAACCAAUUUAAAAUUUGGUAAAUUUAAUCAACCAAUUCAAGCAUGCGAUAUUCCAACUACAGUGACUAUUUUAGAAUUUAAAUGGAAUUAUUCUCAUCGUUUCGAUAUUAAAUCAGUUGUCCCACCAAGUGUUACUCAUUUAAGAACCGGUAGAAAUCAAGAUGUUUCACCAAAUUCAUUACCACCAUCACUUACCCGCUUAACAAUGUCACUAGAUCAAGAUAUAACUAUUGAAACUCUCCCAAAAUCACUAAAAUAUUUAUUGCUUAGUCAAUUCAAUAGAACAAUUGUACCUGGUUCAUUUGGUUCAGUUGUAGACUUAGGCUUGGACUUCUUUAAUCAACCUUUAAAAGCUGGUGACUUACCUCAAACGUGUCAAAAUAUAGUUCUCUUCAAAUUCAAUCAACCGCUCCUACCAAAUAUUCUUCCUCCUGAAUUAAAAUCAUUAGAACUACAUAGGUUUGAACACCCACUAUCAGACGGUGUACUUCCAAAAUCAAUCACUGAUCUACAUUUGGAUGAAUUUAAUCACCCAUUAUCCAACUCUCUAUCUAAACUCCAUUCAUUAGAAGAUCUCUAUUUAUCAAGUUUUAAUCAAGAAAUAUCGAUCGAAACAUUCCCAUCCUCAAUAAAUACAUUAGUUUUGUGUAGUUUUAAUAAAGUUUUAAAACCAAAUGUGCUUCCAUCAUCAAUAAUUAAUCUCAUUUUGAAUUCAUAUAACCACCCAUUAGAACCACAAGUAUUACCACCAAAUGUGAAACAUUUAGAACUAAAAUCAUAUAAUCGUAAUCUUGGUAAACAUCUAUUCCCAAAUACUUUACAACAUUUAUUUAUAUCAAACUAUUCAAAAGAGUUAUUGGAAAAUGAUUUACCAUCAUCCAUUAUAGGACUUUAUUUCGAAUCGAAAAUUAGUUAUCUUUUUAAUCCAAUUCGAUUUCAAACUAAUUCAAUUCCACCAUCAGUAAAAAAAUUAGAACUCCCAAUUAACCAUUCCCAACCUCUUAAAGUCGGUUUUUUACCCAACUCAGUAGAGCAGAUAGAGAUACCCAAUCUCUAUGCCCAUCCUCUUCAAGUCGGUGCAAUACCCAAUUCAGUUACACAUGUAAAACUACCUGAAAUAUUUAUUCCUCUUCGAGUAGGGGUAUUACCAGAAUCUCUCACUAGAUUAACCUUUAGUUAUGGGUUUAAUCAACCUCUAGACCCAGCUAUCAUUCCAAAAUCUGUUACUCAAAUAGCACUACCUUAUACUUAUAGACACCCAAUACCAGACAUUUUAUCACAUUUAAUAAAAAGAUUUUAA